GUGCUAUGAAAUUAUUUUUCCUCGCGGAGGAUUCCUCUUGCAGUUGCAAUGCCAAUUACAAUGGCUGGAGGCACUGCGCGUCCUUUUAUUGUUUGAGUAACAAGCUAAGUGUGGAUCUGCCGCUCGUUUCAAUGUAAUCCUGUUUCCACAGACAGUCGUCCGACAUGGCGACCAAGAGGAAGGUCCUCUCCGCUGCCAGAAGCAUCUGAAUUGGCCAAGACAGAAAGGCUGAUCAACUUGCUGUUGAGUAUUUUAUUCUUUUAUCCCUGGAACAUUUACGCGUGGAUCUAGCUGAAUUUCUGGCAGGGACUGAAGGACUUAUUGAGGACACGCCAUGGUGGAGCCAGAGCUUCGAGUCUCUGCAGGCCAGCGGCUGGGAGCGCCGGAGACGAUGGCCAUCAGCACGCUGGAUCCAGGCCACAAACCGCCCGUCAUGCCCCCGGGCCGACAAAUCACCAUCAGAGUCCGCAUGCUGGACGAAACCGAGGAGCUCUUCGAAAUCUCGCAACGAGCGUCGGGCAAGGUGCUGUUUGACAUGGUGUGCACUCACCUGAACCUCGUCGAAGGAGACUACUUUGGCCUGGAGUAUCAGGAUCAUCGGAAAAUGAUGGUUUGGCUGGACCACUUAAAACCCAUAGCAAAGCAGAUCAAACGGCCCAAGCACACAGUCCUGCGCUUCGUGGUGAAAUUCUUUCCCCCAGACCAUGCCCAGCUACUGGAGGAGCUGACCAGGUACCUGUUUGCCCUGCAGAUAAAGUAUGACCUGGCCAGUGGCCGACUGACCUGCAACGACAGCAGUGCAGCUCUGCUGGUCUCCCACAUCAUCCAGUCGGAAAUCGGGGACUUUGAGGAGACUCAGAGUCGGCAGCACCUUCUGAACAACAGUUACAUUCCGGACCAAAUGGCCCUCAUAGACAGUAUCAUGGAGUUUCACCACAAGCAUGUGGGGCACACACCAGCCGAGUCCGAUUUCCAGCUGCUGGAGGUGGCUCGCCGGCUGGAGAUGUACGGCAUACGCCUUCACCCAGCCAAGGACCGAGAGGGCACCAAGCUCAGCCUGUCGGUGGCUCACACCGGCGUCCUUGUCUUUCAGGGUCACACAAAGAUCAAUGCCUUCAACUGGUCCAAAGUGCGGAAGCUGAGUUUCAAGAGGAAAAGAUUUCUUAUCAAACUCAGGCCAGACCUGAAUGAGAGUGCAUACCAGGACACGCUGGAGUUCCUGAUGGCCAGCCGCGACUGCUGCAAGGUGUUCUGGAAGAUCUGUGUGGAGUACCAUGCCUUUUUCCGGCUUUUCGAAGAGCCCAAGCCCAAGCCUAAGCCUGUUCUGUUCAGCCGAGGGUCCUCCUUCAGGUUCAGUGGUCGGACACAGAAGCAGCUCAUUGAUUAUGUGAAAGACACAGAAUUCAAAAAAAUUCCCUUUGAAAGGAAACACAGUAAAGUCCAGUACAACAGUAACCUAUCCCCACUGCCUUCACUACGCUCCGAAGUGCCAAAAGAAAGUGCAAGCUAUACUGCCCGAGAGAGGAGCCACUCUCCAGCCAAGCACCACUGGAAGGAGCCGGUGCUAGUGAGCGCCGAGGACUCGCCCGCCCUGCGGACUCGCGGCAGCCCCGCGGGCCAGCCCAACGGCCACGAGGAGCGGGCCGAGGAGGGCGCGAGGGCAGCGCCGGCCGGCGGCAGGCACCUUGCGGCCGAAGCCCUGAACACAGAGCCGGUCUCCAGCAGCCCGCGGUUGUUGGGGGCAGCUCGGGGCAUGGUCAACGGACAGCACCAGACCAACGGAGACGGGCACAGUCCCGACGGCCGCCAGCCGUCUCCCCUCACCAGCCCGCUGCUCAAUGAUGCAGCCACGCGUACUGAUGAUGAGGACGAGGCAAGGAGGAAGCGAUUCCCAACAGACAAAGCUUACUUCAUUGCCAAGGAGCUCCUGACCACAGAGAGGACCUAUCUGAAGGACCUGGAAGUGAUAACAGUGUCAUUUCAGAGUAUGUUGGAGAAGGAGGAGGCUACGCCUGAUUCUCUAAAGAAUGUGAUCCUGUCCAAUUUUGACCCUCUGUACAAGUUCCACACCGGCUUUCUCAGGGAGGUGGAGCAGAGACUGGCUCUAUGGGAGGGGCGCUCCAAUGCUCACAUUAAAGGGGACUACCAGCGCAUUGGUGAUGUCAUGCUGAAGAACAUUCAGGGCUUAAAGCAAAUGACGGCUCACCUGCAGAAGCAGGCGGAGAUGCUGCGGGAGCUGGAGCAGGCGUGCCGGGCCUCGCGCAAGCUGGAGGGGCUGUGCCGGGACUUUGAGCUGCAGAAGGUGUGCUACGUGCCCCUCAGCGUCUUCCUGCUGCGCCCGCUCCACCGCCUGCUGCACUACAAGCAGAUCCUGGAGCGCCUGUGCAAACACUACCCCCCCACGCACGCCGACUUCAGGGACUGCAGAGCCGCUCUGGCAGAUGUGGCUGAGAUCGCGUCCCAGCUGCAUAGCAGCAUGAUCAAGACAGAAAACUACCAGAAGCUGCUGGAGCUCAAGAAGGACUUGAUUGGUACCGACAAUCUGGCAGCCGCAGGAAGGGAGUUCAUCAGGUUGGGAUGUCUCAGCAAGUUGUCUGGAAAAGGCCUCCAACAGCGCAUGUUUUUCCUGUUUAAUGAUGUUCUUUUAUAUACCAGUCGAGGAAUGACUGCUACGAAUCAGUUUAAAGUACAUGGGCAACUGCCACUACAUGGCAUGACUAUCAGAGAGAGUGAGGAUGAGUGGGGUGUGCCUCACUCAUUCACCCUGGUGGGCCAGCGCCAGUCGGUGGUGGUCGCAGCAAGUUCGUUGUCAGAAAUGGAAAAGUGGAUGGAGGACAUAAAGGCGGCGGUCGACCUGGCGAAGACGUCCAAUGGGCCAACGUCUGAGCUGUUGGCCAGCAGUGUAAACGAUCACAAAUCCCUUGAGGACUCCUCCCUGGAGCAGGAGUCCGAGGACGACCUGAGUGCGUCACGAACGUCUCUGGAGCGCCAGGCGCCUCACCGUGGUAACACCAUGGUGCACGUGUGCUGGCAUAGGACCACCAGCGUGUCCAUGGUGGACUAUAGCAUGGCUGUGGAGAAUCAGUUGUCUGGAAAUCUGUUAAGGAAGUUCAAGAACAGUAAUGGCUGGCAGAAGCUUUGGGUGGUCUUCACAAACUUCAGUCUGUUCUUCUACAAAACUCAUCAGGAUGACUACCCUCUGGCCAGCCUGCCCCUCCUGGGCUACUCCGUCACUAUACCCUCGGAGUCGGAAAACAUCCAUAAAGACUACGUCUUCAAACUGCACUUCAAGUCCCACGUGUACUUCUUCAGAUCUGAGAGUGAAUACAGUUUUGAGAGGUGGAUGGAGGUGAUCCGAAGUGCCACUGUCUCCAGUGGCCGGGGUGCUGUUUCAACACAGAAAGAAGCUCAGGCUCAUUGACCCAAAGAGCCAGAAGGAUCCCCCUCCUCAGUGCUCCCCCAGACCUCCCUUUGUGCAUUCAUCUGAUCCUGCUACAUCGACAUGGGGCCAAAUCCUGCGGCUCCUGCAACUUCUUUUAAGCAUCUGUUCAGUUCUUUGAGAAAAACUUUUUUUUCAUAUCCAUUUAUUUUUGUUAACACACAAAAACAGCAGAAGACACUCUUACAUGCUCUGUCUCAGCAAUACACAGACACACACACACACACACACACACACACACACACACACACAUACACACACAUAGAAACACACACAUAGAAACACACACAUAUAUACAUAUGAUGUGAGACAUUCUUACAUUCCUACAGUCUGUUCAUGCAAACUCUUGGUGCUUUUUAAAAAUGGUGACAUGUCCGCUGGUUUAGACUGCAUCAGACGCUGCAUUGUUUUUCCUGCAUUUUUAUGGGCUUUCCGAGCCUCUUUUAUAGGAUCUCAUUUUAUACUAUUUUUAAUGGUCUAUGCCAGUUUCUCUCAGUCUGGUUUUUGCAUUUCUCUCAUUGGUUGUUUUACAAUGGAAAACCUGUCAAUAAGAGUUGUCAUUUUUAGGACUAUUUUUCAUAGGUAGGUAGACGUCACUGCUACGCCACACAACUUUUUUAUGGUUUGUUGUUAAUGUUAAAUAACAAUAGCUGCUCUGAAGUCCAACAGCUUGAGUGCCAAACUGUUUUGCCGUGUGGUCUUUGUAAUUCAUUUUUUAAAUGUGGGGGACACAGACUCCAUACAUUUCUGUUGGAAAGUGCAUUUUUGACACAGAAUCAUGCCAUAGGCAUCAUAAAAUGAAGACUCUUUAUAGCGACAAAAAUGUCCACAAAAGAUUUGGAAAAAUAUUAUAUGUAACAGUACCAUUAAUGUAUCUAAAACUAUUGUCAGGGAAGUUUUUAUUUUCCAUAAAUUGUAUCUGAAUUCAUGAUUGGUUCAGAACUGAAAAUGUGAUUUAAUUUAUAUUUAGUUCUGUCAUCAUGGCUGCCAUAUUAACAAUAUUUUUAAAAAGAUUUUAACUUCUAAACUGAUCAAACUAAUUGUGUAUAGUUGCCAGAGGUCAACCAGAAAGUUUGUAAACGUUUGAAACCUAAGGCAUUACCUUUAAGACAUUACAAAAUAACAUUUAUAUUAACCCCCCUGAGAGAAUUGAAGCUUUAAAAUGUAUAGGAAAACAUGAAUUUUUAGUUUGAUAUAAAUUACGAAACCCCACAUAUACAAAACUGCCUCUUCUGUGUUUUAGUCUUAUUCCUGUGAAGAUGCUAUUGAUGAGAUGAGUAAGUCUGGGUUUAGAGUGAUGUGUUUGUGUGGAUGUCUAUUUCCACAGUGGAGGCUUUGCUUCCUCAGGUUAAGAGAGCCCUAUGGAUAUGAAAGCAAUAAAAAAAAAACUCAUCUGAA